AUGUCUAUGCCUACGAUCAUCAAGCUUCGUUGUAUGCACUGUCGCAAGCUGGCCGAGCUCACCUCGACUGACGACCUCGAAGACGCGAACAUGAUCCGGAUUGGAUACAACUUGUUUUAUUGCUUCGAUUGCGCCAAAGCAACAGGGUACACGGAGGUGCACGGCCGCCGGAGCACAUCGGCUUAG